AUGAAGAUUUUCGCCUUUUUCACUGCUGUAGUCUUUUCUCAAGAAGCUGCUGAUCCUUUUUCCUGCAUGACUUGCAAUGCGGCCAGCGUUGCCGAGUGCUUAGCCAGUUCUACCACAGUCGAGUGCCAACCAAACGAAACAUCAUGUGAAGUGACACUCCGAAAACGGCGAGGGAAGACUUACUUCGUCCAGGCUGGCUGCAAAGCAGUCGACGCUUGCCUCAACAACAAGAGCAACAACGCUCGCGGCCCGUGGAAGUGGCAAGAGUGCAAACCUUUCAACAAUAUCAAAAUCGAGAAUUCCGUUUGCCGACAAUGUUGCGAUGGAGCUACGGAUUGCGUCGAAACGAACUUUUUCAACGACGAUGGAACUGACGGCUCAACUAACCGAUCUGACUGGCUUGGCGACUUUGUCUCCCAAGAUGACUAA